AUGGCCCACGGACGACGGUCAAAAUCGGCAGAAAAGAGCAUCUUUUUUGCUCAAAAAUGGAGCCAACUGCGUUUGGGGUUUGCCUGUAGUUUGUCUUACCCUGUCGCCUUUCAGUUCGCGAGUGUCCACGCCAAAUGAGGAAGGGCGAAAUGGCCAUCGGCGUUUUGAGCGAAAAUUCCGGUCCGCUAGUUUACAUUCACGCUCGGCAGUCAAGACGCCUUCAACUCAUGCCGACAGUGAGAAAAACGUGGGUUCUCAUCAAAGGCUUACAUGAAACUAACUUCCAGGUCAUAGACGAACUCGAAUUCGAGGACUUGAAGCGUUUCCAAUACGCUCUAUGGACAAGCAGUCAGAAGCAAGGCGGACGCGUGGAUCUGGAUACAUUUCGAAAUACUAUGAAGGGAAACCUUAGGCGACCGUCAGGCGAAGUAUUUGGUUCUCGGUGCUGAUUCAGUUGAAGCUUUAGAUUGACAUACUGGUCAAAACACUCUUUGAUGAAAUCGACAUUAGUGGACUUGGCAGUCUCUCCUGUAGUGACAUAUGCACCUUCCUACUAUGCAAGCACAAGGCCAGAGAUUUGCGAUUGGCCAAGGCUCGGCUUAUUCAAAUCAAGGAACCCAUAAAGACUUGCGUUUUGCCGAACCGGGAGCCAGUUGCUCGCACCGUUGCACGAAGGCACGGAGGGGGAUUUAUUGUGGCAAAAACGGUGAGCUGAUAUUUCGCAUGAGGUAUUUUGAUUAUAACUGUAAAAUUGUGGAACUUACUAUGAACCUUUUAACCUAAAAACGCUAUGUGAAUGUUAGAGAAUGGCCUAUUUGUCGGUUUGCACGUUUCUCUGGGAAAUGUAGUUGAAGUGACGCGGGUAGAGCGACACCGAGACAGAUUUAAUUUGUCCCUUCCAAAAAGCGAAUCCACGAGUUAAGAUAAUUUUCCAUGUGAAACGAAGCAUUGGCGAAACAUGGGGGAUACUAGUUGGACUGCAUACGCAACGCUCUAGCCGAAAUGAAGUGCAACUGGAGGGGGGGGGGUGACCUUGGUGCAAAUCGACUUUCCUCUGCUGAAGUCAGAAUGUUUACACACUCAAGAAACUACCGUCCCCAAAGCGGAGACAUAGAAAUCGUUAGGUAACAGUCGAGAAUCUAAAGCGGAUCAUCUAUUUGACAAGUAGAAUUCUGUCAAGUGUUUUGGGUUGCUACUGUUGAUCCUUUAGGGUUUUUUCGUUUCAACUCCUUCCAUACCAUCCUGAUGCGUGUGUAACCAUGUGACUUUAAACAAAUUCUCUCCGGUGUCCGCCCAGUCCUCCUCUCAACCACCCGGAUUUUCCUGUUUGACAGGGCAUAUGGCCGCUUCAUACGGAAUUUUGUUUUUAUUCGGGCGAUUCUGUAUUUUCCCCGGUCGAGAUCACGAAUAGAAAAUGGGGUUAGUCUGUCGAAAAUGCGACCAUAGUGCGGAAAUCCAAAGAGACUGCUUUUCGAGAUUUUGAUGAUACUGAUUUUCCAACUUCUCCCUAGAUUCGUUAAACCGCAUUUGCUUCAUUUUUUCCCCAGAAAUCCAUGUUCGACUUUUUGGUUUUUUUACGAUUUGGUAUAGAAGGACAUCCGUCCGAGGGAAGGUCUGUGCCAUAUCAGCUUAUUCGCCCAUUUGACUCGGAAUUGUCGUUCGUAGAUGGCGGGUGGGGAAGAAAAAUCUUAGGGACACCCGUACUAUAUCCUCCCCAUUACAGUGUUAAUCCUCCUCUUUAGAACGGAUCUGGCAAGCUUUGAAACUAUCCUGGCACACUAUUAGUCGGGACUUCGGAGAUUACCAACUAAAGGCGUAAUUCGGUCUGAACCGAGGGUCAGACCGCGACGAUUCCUUCUAAAUGGGACCCUGCAAAAAUUUUCUUCGGUGAGAGAUCGGGGACUGUCUCGUGGGCCAACGCGUGUCUGUGGCCAGCGUAUAUAUGGAUGUGGCAACGUCGACCGCUGCAAUCGCGUCUAUCCCCAUUUCUUUCUAGUCCUUCGUCUUAAAGGAAUGUGGUGUACGUGAAAAUAUGACGUGUGUUGGAUGCGGCACAAUGUCCCUGAAUUUUAUUUUAACUCGCGUGUAAGCUACCCCUGAACCCUUGAAACGGUAGCGGGUGUCCACGAUGGCGACGAAAGUACCACCUACAAAAAGUAAGAAAGUUUAAUAUGACACCGAAGGAAAAACGUCGCGCCAACAUACUUCAGGCGGCCUUACUCCAAAUUCCAGGGAGGGCACUUAUUCUCUUUUCCUGACCAUAACCCUAAUCCUAAACCUACCCCUGACCGUAACCCUAACGUUAACCCCGCGGGAUGGUAGUUGGUAGCCCUGCCAGUUAGCGAUCCUUUUCUGCACUUCCAGUUUAAGGCACUACGAUUUCAGUAGCUGUGAUUACGUUCUCAAUCUGUCCGGGAGUACACGCGCAGAAGCCCUGUCAGGGUGACUUUCUUGUUCACUUUAACCGCCCCGAGAACGAGGCGCUGCAAAAAUGCCUAUAUAGAUUCAUCGUAUUGCACCCCCCACACGUAAAACUUUAGUAAAGGGCGAAAGAUUUAUCCUAGGCGGAUUAUGAUUCAUCAUGCUUCUCAGUAGCAUCCUAGGCGGAUGGACGCGGGUCUCCGUUUUGUCGGUUUGCCUGCGUCCUUGGGUCUUUUUACUCCAGACCUCCUUCAGAGUCCGGCGUGAUCGUGUGCGAAAAGGACAACCGUCGCGCAGAGAGGGUGUCUACCGAUUCUCCACUAACGUAUAGCACACAACUACUGCCAUAGUUUUAAUUCUAAGUGUGGCCACAGUGGCAAUAAACUAUUAUUUGCGGAUUUUCUCUUCCGCCCAAACAUAUUCUUGGCAUUAAAGUCUUACCCCGCUUGCGUUAUGCCGUCCUGCGUGCCGCUGCUUGAUUCCCGUGUUCUCAUGUCCAUUCUAUUGGUUUGAGUACUAUCGCACAUACUGCGGAAUGACCUUAAGACACACUGCCUUCUUCCCGUUGGUUUUUCACCUUCAGUUGCUAUUCUUUCCAGUCUGCGGUAAAGCUGCAUUUAUUCCGCAUACCGUUCUAGUUAACCAUGCUCAUUUCCAUACCCUUCUUGCAUUUUUCACCUUAUUUAAAUUAGGCUUUCACUUUAGCAGGAGCGUCAAUUCCAGGCAUACACUACCAGCGCCAUUUACGCCUCCACUCAUUUGCCCCAUCCGUAUAGCCCCUAUUACCACCGGUCCCGUAAGACAGGUAGCUGGGAGUUUUCGGAACCGGGAGGGCUACCAACUACCAUCUAACCGUUAACCCUAACCAUAGUCUUCCCGGAAUCUAGCUCAAGGCCACCUGUGUACAAUGGGAGUACAUAUUCACGCGUCCUACCGAAAGUUCUCUGCAUAUCGACAUCUGUACCUAUCGUACACGUCCAGGUUAAGACCCUUCCUUGUCUUUUAUCACAGUCUUCAUGUCGGUUUUUUCAGGACGGAACCCUCAUAUUCUGGUCAUCCGACUUGAAGAUAACUAAACAACGUUCACUGGUCUUCGAAGAACAGACCCAAAGAGUCACCCCAAAGUGGUACACUGACUUCCUCUUCCUGAACGAGAUUAGCAAAUUCGUUUCAAGUACAGGGUGCGUGAGCUUUCUUAUCUGCCUUGUUUUUUUUGCCCUUUGCGAAUUUCACAUGAUCUUAUUUCUUCCCUUACAGGGACAGGGAACUGGAGUUCUGCGAAAUGACAACGUUUGAACCUUACUGUCGCAUCAUUGGGUUGGACACUGUUCCUGUUUGUCUAACCUGGGGGUAAGAGUUUAUUUCCGUGGAGCAUAUCCACAUACAUCGCAACUCCCUGCCUCAUUCUAGCAGUGUUGACGGCAGUAAAUUUGCUCUCCCUAAAAAAACAACUAAAAAUCGUAUCACAUUUGGCAGUGUUUCUGUAUGCUGUGGCCGUAAAACAGGGUAAUCCGCAUAGAAGGGGCCAUUGUGCUAAAUUAUCGAAAUGAUUGAAAGGUGACCUUGCUCUGACUUAUUUAGGGCUCGUCGGCCGGUAUCUGGUAGCGUAAAAAUGUACUUCAAACGUUUUUAAAUUAAUCCUCUCAGCACUGCUGCAUCUUGUUCGAUUGGUGUUCUAGGCCAUAAGCGGCACAAGACCGAUAGCGCCAAUCAACCGAUCGCAUUAAGGAGGAAAUCAGUCGACUCCGCGCAUGAUAAUCGUCCUACUGCCUUCAGUUCAAAGGUCAGCUGUACGCGAGACCCGGUGUGAUAGUUCGACCGCCGUGUUCGAAGAUGUCCACUGUGUGCUCCACGGCAAGUUGAGGCAGGUAUGACGACUUGAGCGUGGAUUGGUUUAUAGUGAGGGUAGACUUGCGCAGCAUCUACCGCUCUCUACCCUCCUCACCUGAGUCUGGUGUAAAGACAGAGCCAAGGAAACCGGAGGCGGGGGAGGGCUAGGUGGCUGGUACGGCCGGACCCGCACCUUAGUGUACCACCACACUCCCCGGUGCACAACAAGCAAACGCUUAACCAGGAUUUUAAACAAAGAGAGCACCACAACCGGCCAGAAAGAGGAGGAUGAUUGGGCGGCCGCGCUCACGAUGUGUGUACCCAGCGGGAGUGAAAGCUCAUCUACCAGCAGGGAACCAGAUGCCAGAGAAUUGUCAGCGCACGCCAGGCUGCGUGGGUCAUGGUUUGCUGAUUCUGGCCUAGCAAACGUUUACAAUCCUUGAGACGCAGCGAGCCCCGAUAAUAGACCACAGUAUUUCGCCGGCAGUCUAAACCUGCACCACUGCAUGUCCGGAUUGCGACAAGCAGCGAUCUCGCAAAGGAAAGGAAAGCUGUUUAUGAAGACAGCUUCCUCAAUGGACACAUUAAUACCCAGCCUGAAAUUAGAAAUUGGGCUGUUAUGAGGGCAACAACUUAUUUUCUACAGUAUUUUAAAUAGCAGCACAGUCACGAUAAUCUGAUUGCCUAUAGCUAUUCUCCUUGAGACACAUAGUUACAUCUAAAAGGAAAGUUUCUGACUGUAAAUCAGAACACUAGUUGGCGGUCGUGCUCCGUUUUACUAGACUUAUUUCUAUUAGGCUAUGGUACGAUCCGGCGAAAAAUUAGAUAAAGUAAGACAGUAGAUGAGAAACUGCUGACAGUCAUAGCGUCUAUUUGCUAUGGAAGCUGUUUCUGACCUAACGUAUUAUAAGAUGCGAAGUAAGUAGCCAAAUGCAUCUGUCACUCAUCCGAAUUCCAAAAAACUGAGUUGGGGUGGAGGUGGUUGCAAAUUCGUUCUAAAACUUUGUCCUGCACGAGGAGACUGUCUCGGGCCUCUCAGCCAUCAUCAGGCCGCCGAUGGGUGUUCGUACUUCAUGUCGCCUGUCUUUGUGUAAACCCUGGUAUUUCUGGCUUGCUUCCAAUCUCCGGCAAAAGUCCUAAAAUCGUAACUUAUCACAUCACACCGCUGUACAACGAAGCUAACUCCUAACACCACCAUUGGAUUAGGUAGCCAGAAGUGUCUUUAAACAGUAGGAAUCGAUCGUAAAAUAAAACAGCUUACUCAUAUCACGACAUGGACCCCUGCGUUCACCCACCAAUCCGAUUCUCAUCCCUUCCCAACACAGGAUUCGUCCCCAGACCACGCAGUAUGUGAUCGCCUGGGGCGAUUCUAAUGGUGAUGUCAGCAUUCUCCUCCUCACCGACAUCGCGGAACUCCUACGUACCUGGAAGGUGUCGUCGGCCAGUGGUUCCCUCCCGACUGUCCACUUUGAACAACUGCUUACGCAACCGAAAGUCCAGUUUCUGAGAUGGCACGUGCAUAGUGAGUGGGUGGUCAAGGUCAGUUUGCGUGUGCCUACAUAAAAUUUGCCCGAAAUUCGUCUUUUUCUCCACACUUUUGUGGUUACGUAGCCCCACCUGAGGUAAAUGAACCCCAGCCACCUGGAAUACGGGAGCAGUGGUAAUAGGGGUCUUUACAGUUGUGAACGGGAAAAGCACAGGUGAAGUGGUCAAGUUGUUGUACGCAAAAGAAAAGCUAUUGGGAAUGCGCGGUUGUACUUUGAGUGGUCGAGAAAUAGUUGCCGUAACCCUAAACCCUAACCCUGACCCCAACAAUUUUGUGUCCAUCAGGUGGAGCCACAUAACCACAUCUUACCCACUUUUGUACUUACGUAAGUCCCCGAACCAAAAAGCGUCCACGUUUGGAGGCUGCAACCUCAGCCACCGUAUAGACAAAAAACCUACGUAAGCUCCCCUUCAGGUUGAUAAACCUGAACACCUUAGGGAAUGCCCUAUCGUACCGAUGGCAAAAAUAGUUCUCGGGUCGAAAAAAGUUUUAUUUUCGCUUUUUCAGGUACACUAUGAGGCUUCGAUGGACAAGAUAAUCAGCUGCUGCAAUGAAGAAAGCACGGCGGUAAUAAUUGGUGGGUUCACAGGCUCUUGUAUGUUAAUUUUCGAUGGCUGUUUGCUCACAUCGUCCCACUCACUAGACCCUACACGCUGUGCUUUUUCCGAACCCCACUGCCAGGCACGUAGCCAUGGCGACCAGAGGAAAACUUGCCAGAGACCCACGAGUGAUCCGCAUGUGCGCAGGUUUAUGCGCAAUUACUAAAUAGGAACGAUUUCUUUCCGGUUUGAAUAGCGUAGGAAUGAUCUAGCGCUGUCCAGAUUUCCUGUAUCGCGAGAAUGCACCUAGUAAAGUCAUGCGUCAUCUUUAUUGUCAUAGGUGCGUGGCAAACGUACUUUGUUAUGUUUGCGGAUGAUUUCUGGCUCUCAGAUGCAUCGUCUCACCUUAAUUUCACAAUAAGGUGCAACCACCGUGAACAUUUUAGAACAGAACAUAGGGGGUACUUAUCGACAUCUACAAGGUCCUCGACAAAUUUUCAGCCGACUUUUGUCACUCCAGAGCAUGAAUAAAAACUAUUUGCAGAAAGUAGUUUGUACUUCUUCCGAAAAGCUAUUUGAAAACUGUAAGGUCAUAUCUCAAAACAUGUAGUGCAUUCGGUGAAACGUUGUCCGUAGACCAUUUCGCCGCCAGAGUUUUAUAUCAAUUUUGCGUGGAAAAAAAGUGUCUUCUAGGAGGAGUACAUAUUCCGUGAAUUCCCUUUUUACAGAGAGCGUAGAAGGAGCGCCCCUUUUAACUAUGCUUAGCUGUACAAAGUGUUCUGUUUAAUUUAUAAAUGCACCGGAAGAGCACUGGAAGGAAGAUUACGACUGUGAAUUUCUGUUGUUUUCUGGGGCUCUCAGGUUGUGUGACGGGAUCCACACCCAUUGGACAAGCCUCACGCAUCAAGCCCACGCGAACACAGCUGACGUCAAGCAGCGGCUCUACAAGUGCGUUCGAGUUUUUGUGUCUUUGGAUUUGUCCUAAAGGUGCAUUUCUCACUCUUUGUCAGAAUAUCAGGCAGAACUACUUGGACCAACUCAUCCCCUAAAACAGUCCUUGCAAGAAUUCGCUUCUAUGCUGUCAGUUAUUACUGCAUCCAGCAGAAACUAAUCCCUUUGAUGGAUUGACUGCGGUACCUGACGCCUAGUUGCACAAGACGGUCAUUCAGUGCUGACCUUACCCGAUUUCCAUGUGUGUCGAGGGUAACGGCUAGACUCCAUAUGCCUAACUGCCAAACCUAGACAAGGGUGGCCAGUUUGAAUCUCCAGCAUCGUUGUUUUUCUACUUGGAGCGUGGUCCAGUUAUGUGGGGAAGAUUAGCAGUGUUGUAGAACGCGCAGUCGGCGGCCAUAUAUCCGGACAGCCACCGCGACCAAGUCUAUACUCCGUAUUUCCUGACUUAUCUCCACCAUUAGUGCCGAAUUUAAGGAAAGUGCUGGAGCUCAGAGCACAGUACGUUUCACCUUUGGCAGAGCCCAACACAUUUUUCAAAUUGUAAGGGGGAGAUCGAUUCAGGUUUGUUGGUGAGACUGCUUUUGGUGACAAGUUAGUACUUGUAGCCAAAUUACUAGCCCUCCUUUAGACUCUUUCGAUAGAUGUUUGAUCGUAGACAGUCUGCUGUAUCCAAACGCAAAUCGCCUACUCCAAGGGGUUCGCAAGGAUUUUGAUUCUUUUGGGCAAUUCCGGAUCAUAAAUUUUAAAAAUGCUUUUUGGUGGUGUGCUGUACUAACAUUUAAGGCUUAUUCAGUUUCUACCAAUAAGUGAUUUGCCUUAAGUGAUAAGUAAUUCCUAUACCGAGAUAUCAUUGGGCCCCACGUGUUGCAGGGAUAGCCUAUUUAAAAAGCAGGCCCCACUAGCCGUGUUUUCACAAGCUGCGCACCGGAGCAACUGACUAAGUGUCGGACGCCAUUCAUCCUCGUCUCCGUAGGUGCGAUGACACAGUCAUCUGAAGUAAACGUUCAUCUGCUCGUUUAAAGUAAUACCUAAACAUUGUACAUUCUCUUGUUCUCUAUACUAGACCAUUAAUACCUGACUUCUGUUUUCCUAUAUCAGUUAAAAUGGACGAAGAAGUUUCCUAACUUAUAGUACCGAAGAGCAAAUAGAAAUUCGGCAAGGUCUGAAUGCGCCUACCCACUGUCAGACAAACCGAUCCAGACAAAGAAUUACCUUUCCAACCCGAAAGCAGACUGUCUUUCUGUGAGUUAAGUGUCACAGAGAGGCUUUGACGGUCUACAUAGGGGAAUGGAAGAUCAGUGAAUGCCUGCGGACAAACGAAAGAGGUGGCCUACCUCUAAGAUUUGAUAGUAUGGGAGUACUUUGGAGACAGGGAUGUUGGUUUUGGCGGUGGACAUACUUUAAUUCAUGUUCACCGUCAUUGGCUUGUGUCAUUACUUAUGGCAUUCAGUUUCGUUCUUUGGCGAAGUCAUUUCCUAGAUGGCAAUCCCUCUUAUAAUUUCUGGUACUUUCUGCGCUUCAGGAUUCAACAACUGUCUCUAAUUUAGUUCUAGCCUUGCCGACACCGUAAUUAGUAUGGAAUCAACUAUCGCAACCAACGAUAUAGGAACUUAUUGGAACCAGAUCAACAAAGUUUAGUGCAGUAAUAGUAACACAGUAGGGUCAAGAACGCAACACUGUCUUUUAGGACUUAGCUACAAAACAGUAUAUUGUUGAGUAAGAGUACAAUUUAAAAUUAACGACGAUCACAUGAGGCUCUUCGGAUCAUCUAUUUCCUCAUUAGCGAGUGGUCUUACUGUCAACAUUUCGGCGGUGCAGCUCACUAUGACACACUGCUACUAAUUUAAAAAUGUGAGGCAAACAUUUUUGCAGUUGUUUUGGCAGUGUCAUUAGUAGUAGUAGUAGUAGUAGUAGUAGUAGUAGUAGUAGUAGUAGUAGUAGUAUUAGUAGUAGUAGUAGUAGCAGUAGUAGUAGUAGUAGUAGUAGUAGUAGUAGUAGUAGUAGUAGUAGUAGUAGUAGUAGUAGUAGUAGUAGUAGUAGUAGUAGUAGUAGCAGUAGUAGUAGUAGUAGUAGUAGUAGUAGUAGUAGUAGUAGUAGUAGUAGUAGUAGUAGUAGUAGUAGUAGUAGUAGUAGUAGUAGUAGUAGUAGUAGUAGUAGUAGUAGUAGUAGUAGUAGUAGUAGUAGUAGUAUUAGUAGUAGUAGUAGUAGCAGUAGUAGUAGUAGUAGUAGUAGUAGUAGUAGUAGUAGUAGUAACAGUGGUAUUAGCAUGAAGGUCAGAUGUGUUUAUGUAGCCCACUUGAAGUAAAUGAACCUCAGCCAUCUGUAAUAGGGGACGAGUGGUAAUAGGGGUUUUUAAAAGUGCGGACGGGGAACGCACAGGCGACGAGUUCAAGUAGUUGUAUGCAAAAUAAAAGCUAUUGGGCAUGCGAGGUUGUACUUCGAGUGGUUUGAAAAUAUUUGCCCUAACCACUAAGCCCUAACCCUAAGCCCUGACCCCCCUUACCCUCAACCGCAGCCCUAAACCCUAACCCUGAAACUUCCAACGGGAAAGUUAGGAGACGACAGACCGCAAUUCAAGAAGGACCACCGGCAUUGGGCUGAAAACCAUAGAAACGGCAACAAAGAAACAAGGCCGCCAACAGGGCACACACCGCAACGCACAGCAUGACCAUGCCAGCGUGAUCACACCAACAUAAAAUAAUUAAGUAGGUCAACUGUGUAGUGUCCAUCAGGUACGGCUAAAUAACCGCAUCUAACCAACACAAAUUUUAGCAGUGCUUGUAUGACCGGUAGUAUUGCUGCCGGCAACGGAAAUAAUAGUCAUGUUAACAUCAGCGUAUUCACUGUCACUAAUAUGAAAGUCCAAUUGUACGAACUCGCCACGAAGCAGCAGGUUGUUUGCGCAGAUGUUUCUCCACCAUUCUGGUGAAUAAAUCUGCAGUAGUUUAAAAGUUCCUAGGUAAAACUUGAUACUCUGAGUUUUUCAACAUAGUUUCUUCCCAGAUACUGGUGUCACAAGAUCCCGCUUAAAAGAAGGGAUUUGUUUUGAUUCAUAGUAAAACUGCCUUAGAGUUGUGAAAAUUUCCCUUGAAGAAUUCAAUUUGGCGACUAUACGCCUGCCUUCGAUAGUUUCUCUUCAGCUCUGUAUACUUGAAUGGUUAUUGAAAUAACGAAUCAAAAGAUAUGGGCGAGUCGAUAAUUAUGCUGUGGCUCGGUUUUAGGGGGAGGGGAGAGGGAGACGCCAAAAUUCCAGUCAGCGCCAGAGGGAAGGUGGGUCCCGGGAGAGGUAAUUGUAUGCAGGUGGUUGGCUAGUGACUUUGAGCCAUGACAACUGUGGGACCUGCAUGAAGUUCUUCUGUCCGCAUAGGACUGGUUUCGCGUGGCCUGAUUGCAGACCCUUCUGCCGUAGUUAACAGGCGCUUCCCAAGUAUUUUUGAUAGCUUGACGAAGCCUUGUAAAUCACUCGGAAGGCCUCUCUGGCGUCUAAACGGUGGUCUGUGUCUACUAUGCGAGCGAGGAUAAAGUCGUUGACAUUCUUUAUUUUACCCUUUCCUAACCGUGCUGGCAGAUGUUCUUUUGCUCUUUUGAACAAACGCCGGAUUGUGUGACCAACAUGCAACGCGUGACCGACCUCAUGAAAUGUUGGCCGAAAUUCUGAAAUGCGUAUUUGAUUGGGAAGGAUUACUUAGGUGCGGCAUAAUCCUAUAGUACUUUGGACUCGUCAGGAUGUCGACCUUUGAAUGCACUUCUUUUCGGCCUCCUGUAGAAACAACACUCAGUUAAAAAGUGGCUACUUCAGUAGCAUACAUUUUUCACACUGAUUUUCGAUGGUCUUAUAAAUUCUAGUGUACUUUAUAGAUAACAUGCAUAAAAUAUGCGUUCUUUUACUCGUUUGGUAUAAAUCACAUUGUGUUUACAUUGUAUACGCUAAGAAAGGUUAUCUCCCAGUCUCAAAAAAGUUUCUAAUUAUGAGAUAUUUAAGACAGUAAGAUGUCCAUACAUACAGCAUCGCACAUGCUCGUUUACCAUGGCCCCUUGUAAAGUUUACAACAUAGUUCACAUUCAUUGCAAAUUUCAUGAACUCUACGUAGUAUUUUCUUAAUGGCAUAGGACAUGCACUUUGUAGACUGAAAUCGCUAAGCACUAAUGCAACGGCUGAUCAGGCUCCAAAUUAUUCGGGAAUCAGUAAACUUCCUCAACACCUAACUACACACCUUCUUCGGAUAUAAAACGUAAAGACAAUGUGAGUUCCUAACAAACGGGUAAAAGAACGCAUAUUUUAUGCAUGUUAUCUAUAAAGUACAUUAGAAUUUAUAAGAUCAUUGAAAAUCAGUGUGAAAAAUGUAUUCUACUUAAGUGGCCAUUUUUUACUGAGUUUUGUUUCUGCAGGAGGCUGAAAAGAAGUGCAUUUAAAAGCCGACAUCCUGGAGAGUCCAAAGAACUUAAGGAUUAUGCCGCAGGAUAAUCAAUGCUGGAACCCCACCAAAGUAAUCCGUCCCUAUCAAAUACGCAUUUCAGAAUUUCGGCCAACAUUUCACGAGAUCGGUCACGCACUGCCCCACAGGAGCAGAUGUAGGGGUAAAUACACAUAGAAGUGGUCUGAGCUGCUAUUUUGCCCUUGCCCUCUCCAUAUUGGAUGGAACCAGUGGAGAAAACUACACGGGUGUCUCAUAGUAGGACUCCGAAAACGACCCCCUUAUAUUCUGAACUAGCCGGACCCCGCCACGCGUUGCUGUGGCUCAAUCUUAUGAAUUGGGAAAUAAGGGAAAGAGGAAGGAGCACGUUCCCAAUUAAAAAAAGUGUAAGGGCCACCGGUUGGCGGCACGUAUUGUGUGCGAAACCCAGGAUUGUCCUUCCGGCCGCUGUCGAAGGCAGGGCCAUUGUUUGCUGCACCCAGUCGCGCUCGAGAAUUCCGGAGUAAGUUGUGAAGGCUGACAUUUAUUUCGUCCACCGGUGUCGAUCGAGGCAGUGGUGGUUUGAUGUUAACUGCAGGCAGUAGCAGUGCAUCGGAAGUGGUCUGCUAUUUCCUCGCAAAUCCUGCAGUGUUCGAUCAGGGGCCUCGAGCGCUUUUUUUGAGUCAUUGUGCAUUCAUCCCAAACAAUAGGUUUGCAGGUCUGCAGUACUUUUCCCAUGCAGGAUGCUUUGGAAAUGUUGCACUUGGAAGUUUACAGGAAUUGCAUGUUCACCGCAAUUUCUAAGUUGAAUGAACGGGCUUUCUGCCAGGUAGCAGAUUUGCAGCUAUUCCGGGGAUGCAACUGCUAGGGCUAUGUCAUUUAUUGGAUCGAAUUGCCGUCAGAAUCGGUCGUAGUAGGAACGUUUUGCCAGUCCCUCCUGGCGCAUCUAGGAAGGAGAUUCCUCCAGCCCCGUUACUGACAUUCCGCAGUAUUUGAUCGUAAAUGUCAUUCUGCUCCUGUCGUUGCUUGUGAAUGUUUGAUUGCAAGCAUGGCAGAAGUUGAACCGUGUUUCAUUUUGCUCAUGGCGCCAAUCCACAUCAAACGAAUCAGCAACGGAUUGGUUUUGCGGUGACAUUCCCAGUUGAUUAAGUACUUUGUCCGCGAUUUCCGCGUACAUAUCCUCAAUCAAUGUUAGCGCCUCGCUGUAUAUUCCUGUUGUGCAAGCCACAUUUGAAUUUUCCUUGCAUAGUUGACGGAAGGUAUCUUCAGCCAUGUGCAAAUUCUAUUUCUCGCGUAGAACUGUUGGAGAUGAAGGAGAGAAUGCGGUUAAUAUGACUACAAACAAUGCAUGAAGUUGAUGCGGAUGGGACGUGUUGCAGGCGUCAUUAAUACACACGUCCUACUGUUGAUCGUUCUCCAGUAACUGAAGAGCUUGACACGCACUGCCGAAAGUGGCAUGCGUAGCUCCGUUGACAGAUUUCAACUGCUGGAAAGACGCUGGACGUGGCACAUUCACCAACACCAUGCGAAGUAAGAUUGGGAUGCACGGUAUGCAGUCUGCUUAUCGCAGUUCCUUUGAAUAUUGCGGGGGUGUCCGUCCACUCGCUCUCCUCGUUUGCUCUCUUCAGAUGAUUUUCUACACACAUUCCCUGUGUAAUACGUAGGCACUUUCGAAUUCGACAGUUUUCGCAAACGCGUCACUUUGGCUUAAUGUGGAGGACGCAGUUAAUGUUGUUGCCGGUAGACCCAAGGCAACCCGAUGCAUAUUUGCAGCUGUAAAGUAAACGCAUUGCCCAUUCUUUAACUGUACUGCAAGCAAGCAACACCUGGACUUUGCUCAUGGAUGGAGAAUGAAAGAAUUCGCCACACGGCUUUGUUGCUGUUGACGCAUAUUCCAGCCCAAUACUGUGCGAUUUCAUCGAGUUGUAUGUCCGCAUCCCUUUAUCUCCUUUCGUGUUGCAGGCCGAAAACGGCCAUGUCGCUGCCUUUAUUCACGUACUUACAAGUGUACCUAAUUCAUUUCCCAAAAUUACGGUGUUCCAAGUUUAUGUGAGCUGCGUUUGCUUUUAAAAGCAAAGGCGAAUAUGAAACAACCCAGCGAUUACCGACUUCUAUGUCACCGAUUCGCAUUCGUACGGUUGCCAAUUUGCCGAUGUCUUCCGCUGAUCAUUUUCGGUAUAAAGGACUUCUAUCUGUCAUGUCGGGGGAGGGGGGGGGUUGGAGAAUUGGGAUUCAGUGCAUCCAAGGUCCAUGUAUCAUAUUCUUCGCCACAACUUCAUGCAAAUCAUUGUCGACGUCGAUAUCAGGUAAUUUGGCGCAUACUGCGUCGUCGAUUUCGCUGGAAACGAUCUUGUUAUAGAGCCAGAUCAGGAUAUGUGCAUGGAGCAGUCCCCUCUUUUGCCGUUCCACCUAAUACAUCCAACAGCGCACAGACCCAACCACCUCGUGUUUCACCAUAAAGUUCAUCAGCGAUUGCAGUUUCUUCCUGAAAACACGUGCUGUGAGAUGACAUACCUAUUUACUGUCGACAGCCCAGGAGGUAAGAGCGGAUAAAUAUCCCCCCAAACUGGAUUACAUGUGAAUGUAAUGAGUAGGUCUGGACGCCCGUACUGACAAACGUAAGCAAUUGCACCUCGAGCGUACUCAAACAUAUGACGUGAACUGUCUGUAUAUGUGGAUGACAAAAGCGUUAGUCUUACAACGUUAUCUGUAUUACCGUCGUUUACAACUGCAUCAUGCAAAGAAAUAUAGUCUUCAGAGCGCAGCUUAUUCUCUUUCAAGCGACGGAGAAGCAGGCGUUCAAUUCCAAAUUUUGCAUACAUAUCCACACUGUAAUGAUUAAGCGAUUGACGGGAUUUCAAAAGGGCAAUUACUUACAUUCUGUCGAAUCAAAAGUCGGAAGGAGUUGUAGUUCAUUGCGCUGCAUUUCAUGUGCGUUACCUCGUCACUGACUGGCGUUAUCAUCUUAACGUUGAAGUGAUAUCCAUCGGUACCAUCCCGAUAAGUAAAUGGAUGUUGCGCUAGAAUCGUUCUCCAACCGCCGGUAUAUAUGGUAUCACCUUACCCUAAAAUCACUAGUCUUCCAACGGUUGUUGUCGUAUCGUCGUUUACAACAGGAUCAGGCUGCGAGAAUGCUGGACACGGAGUCGUGUUUGGCGCUGGUCUGCUGUUACUCGCUGGCGCCAUUCGGCCACUCCCAGCUGGACCCUGCUGGACCCAGCCGGACCCUGCCACGCGUUGCUGUGGCUCAAUCUGAUGAAUUGGGAAAUAAGGGAAAGAGGAAGGAGCACGUUCCCAAUUAUGAAAAAUGUAAGGACCACCCGUUGGCGGUACGUAUUGUGUGCUAAAGCCAGGAUUGUCCUUCUAGACGCUGUCGAAGGCAGGGCAAUUGUUUGCUGCACCCAGUCGCGCUCGAGAAUUCCGGGGUAUGUGGUGACGGCUGGCAUUUAUUUCGUCCACCGGUGUCGGUCGAGGCAGUGGAGGCCUGAAGUCUCCUGCAAGCAGUAGCAGUGCAUCAGAAAUGGUCUGCUAUUUCCUCGCACAUCCUGCAGUGUUCGAUCAGGGACCUCGAGCGCUUUUUUGUGCCAUUGAGCAUUCAUCCCAAACAAUAGGUUUGCAUUUCUGCAGUACUUUUCCCAUGCCGGAUGCAUUGGAAAUGUUACACCCAGGAGUUUCAAUGAAUUGCUCGUUCAAAGGCAAUUUCGAAGCUGUAUGAACGGGCUUUCUGCCAGGUAGCAGAGUUGCAGCUAUUCCGGAGAUACAAGUGCUAGGGCUAUGUCGUUUAGUGGAUCGAAUUACCGUCAGACAGUCGUAGUAGGAACGUUUUGCCAGUCCCUCCUGGCACAUCUAGGAAGAAGAUUCCUCCAACCCCGUUACUGGCAGUCCGCAGUAUUUGAUCGUAAAUGUCAUUCUGCUCCAGUCUUAGCUUGUGAAUGUUUGAUUGCAAGCAUGGCAGAAGUUGAACCGUGUUUCAUUUUGCUCAUCGCGCCAAUCCACAUCCAACGAAGCAGCAGCAGACUGGUUUUGUGAUGACAUUCCCAGUUGAUUGAGAACUUUGUUCGCCAGUUCUUCGUACAUAUCCUCAAUCAAUAAUAACGCCCCCUGUAGAUUCCCGCUGUGCAAGCCACAUUUGAAUAUUCCUUGCAUGGUCGACGGAAGAUAUGUUUAGCCAUGUGCGUCACUUUGGCUUAACGUGGAGAACGCAGUUUAUGUUGUUGCCGGUGGACCUUAGGCAACCUGUUGCGCGUUUGCAUCGGUAAAGUAAACCCAUUGCCCAUUCCCUAACUGUACUGCAAGCGAACAACACCUGGACUUCGCUCAUGGGUGGGGAAUGAAAGGAUUCGCCACAUGAAUUUCUUGCCGUUGACGCAUCUUCCAGCCCAAUACUGUGCGAUUUCAUUGUGUUGUAUGUCCGCAUCCCUGUAUCUCCUUUCGUGUUGCAGACCGAAAACAGCCAUGUCGCUGCCUUUAUUCACGUACUUACAAAUGUACCUAAUUCAUUUCUUAAAAUUGCAGUGUUCCACAUUUAUGUGAGCUGCGUUUGCUUGUAAAAGCAAAGGCGAAUACGAAACAACCGAGCGGUUACCAACUUCUAUGUCACCGAUUCACAUCCGUACGGUUGCCAAUUUGCCGAUGUCUUCCGCUGAUCGUUUUCGGUAUAAGGGACUUCCGUCUAUCAUGCGGGGGAAGGGGCAGGGGAUUGGAGAAUUGGGAUUCAGUGCAUCCAAGGUCCAUGUAUCAUAUUCUUCGCCACAACUUCAUGCAACUCAUUGUCGACGUCGAUAUCAGUUAAUUCGGCGCAUUUUGCGUCGUCGAUUUCGUUGGAAGCGGUCUGGUUACACAGCCAGAUCAGGACAUGUGCAUGGGGUAGUCCCCUCUUUUGCCAUUCCACCUAAUACAUCCGGCAGCGCAUAGACCCAACCACCUCGUGUUUCACCAUGAAGUUCAUCAGCGAUUGCAGUUUCUUCCUGAAAACACGUGCUGUGAGAUGACAUACCUAUUUACUGUCGACAGCCCAGGAGGUAAGAGCUGAUAAAUAUCCCCCCAAACUGGAUUGCAUGUGAAUUUAAUCAGUAGGUCUGGACGUCCGUACUGACAAACGUAAGCAAUUGCACCUCGAGCGUACCCGACCAUAUGGCGUGGAUUGUCUGUGUAUGUGGACGACAAAAGCGUUAGUCUUACAAUGUUAUCUGUAUUACCGUCGUUUACAACUGCAUCAUGCAAAGGAAUGUAUCCUUCAGAGCACAGCUUGGUCUGAUUUAAGCGAAUGAAAGCAGGCGUUCAGUUUCGAUUUACGCAUACAUAUCCACAAUGCAGUGAUGAAGCCAUUUACAGCAUUUCAAAAGGGGGAUUACUUACAUUCUGUCGAAUCAUAAGUCGGUAUGUGUAGUAGUUCAUUGCGCUGCACUUCAUGGGCAUUACCUCAUCACUGACUGGAUUUAUCAUCUUAACGUUGAAGUGAUAUCCAUCGGUACCAUCCCGAAAAGAAAAUGGAUGCUACGUUGGAAUCGGUCUCUGACUGUCGGUAUAUAUGGUAUCACCUGACCCUAAAAUCGUUAGUCUUCCAACGGUUGUUGUCGCACCGUCAUUUACAACAGCAUCAGGGUGCGUGAAUACUGACUACCGAGUCGUGCUUGACGCUCGUCUGCUGUUCCUCGCUGGCGCCAUUCGGCCACUCCCAGCUGGCUGUGUUCAUCCUGUUGCUGAACGAAGCAGGCCUGAAGCUGCAGAACGCGGCAGCCGUGACCGCAACCGGGCUUCCGCAAGCCGAACUGCACAAUACUGAGCUGACAUUGGGCGACAGCCCCAUUAUGUGGGUUGUGCGGGGGAGGGAAAGGGGCAGUGUUAACCGCAUCCAGUCCUCACCCCCGGGAAUCCCCGAGGCAGCGGUGACGGCCCUACUAUUAUAUGAACUGUGGGCAAUUUUAAGUGGCGUCCAAGUGUUGCGUUUUUUUGCCCCAGGGGUGGUUUGCUAUGGCGGCCCAUAUUGUAUCGGCCCAGAGGGCGUGGAGGGCCUGCUCAAGUGCCUGCAGGGUGGGUGGUGGGGUGAGCGCGGCUGUCGGGUGGAGCACGUGCGUUUGAGCGAAUGUCGGUCAAGUGGCCGCAGUCUGGGCGCACGUGUGGGCGCAAGCGGAUGUAGGUCAAGUGGCCGCAGCUGGUGGCGUUGUUAGGCCGGAAAAAGUCCAGUUUUUUUACUCAUCACAGGCAUACCAUGGGCAUAAUUACACAACUGACCAGCCAAAAACCCGGCCCUAUGCGCUGGUCGGGUUGUGUCCAAAUUUCAGCGAAAUCGGUGCAGUACUUUCGGAGAUUAGGUAUAACACAGAAAAAAAACCCUUCCAUUUUUAUAUAUAUAGAUUACAAAUGUAGCUGUGCACUUUGUACAUUAAUGCUGCAUAUUCGUAAAAUUGCUGCUCGGUCCCUUCACAUUCAGCUCCCUCGGGCCGUCCCUUGCGAACCCACCUCGUAGGUCGGCCCUCCAUCGCUGCCCCGCGUAGUCGGACUGCUCUGCAAGCUAAGCACCGAUUAGCUAUCGAUCAGCAAGUCUUCAAGAUUUACAAAGGUGCCCGGACUUUUGCCUACUCCAGGGAUCGGAACCUUCUGGUGACUGGCGGUAAUAUUCCAGCAUAUUCUUAAAACAUUGAUCUCCUCUUUUUACAUUCCCAUAUUCGGCCUAACUCUGUUGCAGUUUAGUCUCUUUGGGCUGUAAAUUGCAAAGUAUUAAACAGGAUUUUAAAUGCGCUCGCAAAUAUGGGAAUUUAUUUGAGUGACUGCAAUAGUCCUGUGCGUGAGAUGUAAGCACAGAAUACUUAGGAUUUUUGGUACUCUAACUCUCCAGUAAUAGUGUUCCUACGCAUCUACGGUGACCUGACACUGCAAUAUUCGGCGCUUAUGUAAAAUAUGACUUUUUUCACCUGGUGUUUAUGUGAAUUCAACUGCAACAUUGAAAAAAACUAGCAUAUUAUUUGUUUUUAUGCUUGUUUUACAAAAGGUUCCUGAAACUGCAGAGUGUCUUGUUUUCGCAAGGUUUACUAAUUUUUUUAAUUUUCUGAAACACGUUUUGUUUUGCUACAUUUUCUUUGGCUUUUCAAGGUAAUUUCUGUGUACGGUUUUCAAAACACCAUUGCAUCCAAUUUCCGACAGCAUGGAACAAAGCUCUGACGCUCCAAAUGGCAUAAUGCACCCAGAACGACUGACUUAUUUUGUAUGCCGAAUUUCCCCGCUCCAGUCUUCCGACCGGCUUGGACGGCGGCUCGGGUGUGGGAAUGGGAAGUGAGAGUGAGGUGGACGACUCAGCGCACUUUCCUCCUCAUUACAAAUAAUCUGACGUGCUUGAAGCUAUCACGGUGCACUAAAAGCCGUGGCUUGGAAGGUUGCCAACUGACGGGGUAACUUGGACCUCCUCCUUGACCGGUGGUGGUCUGAGAGUCAGGCUGAAAUGACUCCUUUUUAAUGUGGUCUUUAUGGCACUCCCACCACAGUGUGGGAUCCGAGCCAGGCGUUGGCGGCACGCCUAGGUGCGGUUUCGGUCGUGUCAGCCCCCAAUCUCUGUUGCGUUGGUGAAAAACUUGGUUAUUUGUUGUGUAGACCAGGGGAUGCGGAGUGGAACGCCAAGGUGAGGAUCCGUCCAAGCCAUCCACCUGUGGCCUUCCUCGUCUCCGGCCUUCUUGACUCAGUCUUGACACCGGACUCAGUCGGGCCAGGAGGAGAGAGUGUGGUAGAUGCAGCGUAAAUCGACUGGCACUAUAAACCCCUGCGCAAGUCACCGUCCCUGCUCCCACCCCCUGCUGUGGGGCAUACGGUAGACAUCGUCGAAAUCGACGGUCGAACUCACAGGCAAAUAAACCCAAAUCUCGUGUGAGGUUGUAUCGAAAAAGACUCCGAGGUCCAAGAUUAUUGGCUUAGCCAGUCAGGUAGGGCUAACUUAUAUGGUCUAGAUGCAAGUCGAAUUCGAAAGUAUUUGGGAAUUUAAAAAGGUUCUUUAAAGCCGAAGGAUAUUCUUUCCUCAAGACAUAAUAUGCUAUUAAGUGGAUACAACAAGGAAUAUUUUGUGCGUUUUCUACCAAAUAUAUUGAAGUUGGUAGGACUGACUUAUAUGGUCCCCUAAACAGGACAUACGAAUAAAAACCACCUGCAAUGCGGGUGAGUUUGAGCCGAUUUCCGGUGAAAUAAGGAUAAGAGUUAGGUUAGGGAAUAGGUUUGAGGCUAGAUUUAGAGUUAACGGUAGGGUGAGUCAGGAUCAAGUUUAAGGUUAUGGUAGGUGUUUGUGAUAUCUUUGGGGUUAAUACCAAGAUUGUGGCGACGACUUAGUUUUAUAUUAGGGUUAUUGUUGGGGCUAGGGCACGGGAAUAUUUUGCCCUUUCUGGAAUUAUGCGCAGGUUCACCUUUUUUGGAGUGUUUAUGCCUAUUCUUAUGGUCUGUUAAGAGGAUCGCUCACACCCAACCUGAAAGCACCUGGUUCUUUUGGCUAUUGAGCCUUAAAAGUCUAGUUUUCGAACCACAGAACUAUGGGCUCGUUUUUCUGUCAGUUUUGGUCGGUCCUAUCAACUGUGGUAAGGAGCGCUCACCGAUCAGGUCAGGGGACGUCCUCGUCCUGUUGUGUCUUCUGACUCAGUCUGCAGCCAUCUCAGACAGUCGAAUAGCAACUGGUAGUGCAGGCAGAUAAGGUAGCACCAAAACCAUAUCAGGAAAACCUGAACAGCCAUUUCUGGCUUAGUGACCACCGUCAGCUGACUCUACCCAACCUCAGGUGAGAUGGCACCUGAGGAUGGGACCCAUAACCUGAUUGGUGAGUUCUCUUCUGUUCGUAUCGUAACCGAGAGGACAAAGUCCCCGUUCCUCAGUGGUUAGAACGCUGGACUUACUAAUCCUCAAUAAGCAAACGAACUCGAGUUCGAACCCCAGACAUUUCUCACACCUGAGUUUGGCUAUUACUGGCUGAUAGUGGCUAAUAAGCCAGAAGUUGCCAGUCCGGUCUCUCUUGUCUUUAUCGGUACUCUUUGUGUGGCUCUACAUGGAAUAAGUACGUCCCGUAAGCUGAUCGAUGAGCGCCCGCCUUCUUUAUAAAUCGUCUUCUUUAUAAACAGUCUUUCAAUUACCACAUUUUUCACACAAAACGGGUAUUUUGUAAUAAGUGUGAUAAUCUAUCAUGCAAGCCAUGGUUCAAAUGAUCAAUCCAACUUCUUCCUGUUUAUGAAGCCGCGAUAUGUGAGAAGUCUUACCUGAAAUAACGAGCAAGAAUUGAUGCAGAUGUAUUUGCUAUCUCCAGCGAGUCAGCUUUCAUUCCCAGGCUACAAAAAUCUAAGAUAUAAACCCUGAUCGAAGCGGUCGUUUAAAUUGGUGUUCAAACUGACGGACCAUGAGCACUAACUUAGUCGACUGCCAUCGAAAUUGCACGAAAGAGGUCUAGCCUGGAGCCACAAAGAACCUCAGAGCGCGCAUACUCCGUUUUGCAAUUAUGUCAUGUUGAUGAACGCCACUUUCAUGCGAAUUUCAUGUCCAUCUUCAUUGUAGUUCCAACUAAGAACUUUCCUCCUAAGCGUGUUUUGCGAGAUUCGCUAUGUUUGGGAUUUCCUCUGUACCUUGUUUACGAGAUCAGUAAAGUCCAGAGUGCCAUAAUGGCAAUCGGCGGUGGAAUAUCUGGAGGCGUCUGCGACGGAUGCGUUUCAACCACUGGUCCCUGUUGUCUACUGUACUGAACGUCAGAACCAAACAAAACCUUAGCCGUCAUUUCGUGUUGGCCACCCAUGUUCCUCACAGCAGUUGCAUAUUUCUGCUUCGGUGACUGCUCAUUGCUGCUGGCGACAACGGUGGUAGUUGCUUUUCUCUGCAUCUAGUCAUUGGUCAGCUUUAUUUUGGCUCUUCCUCGAAUUUCUUCUUCGCUGUCAGGCCUUGACUUCGAAACCCACAAUCCGUGCGGCCCUCGAAGAGCAUCCUCGCAUGCAUAGCUGUACUUCCGUCUCAGCAGCCUGGAUCAUAAUCUGACUGCAAAUGAUGUCACCAACAGCCUUCCUUUAGUUCUCACGCCAACACACACUGAGUAGUCCUCAGUGGGAUACCCAUUUCUGCAUUUAGACGUCCCGUCCACCAAGCUUGUUGCCAUAUUUUAUGCUAAUCUACAGUGAAAAGGGUACCAGACGUGGUCAGAGGCCUGUCCAUGAAUUAUCUCUUCUCCUAUCUCAGAUUGCUAGCCCAGGGUUUUAUUUACGUUUGGCAAAACGCCACUUACAUAUAAUAGAGAAGCAACAUCUCCAAGGUUGUUAUUUCGUCACCGGAGAGGACGCCCAUAGCUCUCCAUGAUAGAAGAAUGAGCUAGGUUUGAAUUUAUGGUGGUAAACAAAAACUGUGCCUGUCCGAAUACUUAUUCGGCCCGCGUCAUAUUUCAUGGCGAAUAUUGGUGAAAGGGUAAGUAGCAGAGUUAGGAAGAAUGUAUGACUUUCAAAAAUAGAGGAAUGAAAUAAAUUCAGUCGGAUAACCUGUCUGGCCGUUUUCAACUUGACAGAUACCGCACUCACGUUGUUCAGUGCUGUUUUUCCAGGAAUAGAGGAACCUUGGGAGGCCGGAAACUGCCUAGUGCUGCAACUGUGGGUUACCCAGCGCAUCCGUAGGUGGUGGAAAGUGGAGCAGUAUUCGGUGAAAACCAGUCGGAAAAAAAUAAUACUAACGAAACGCAGUCGCGAACAACGCAACGGUAAUGUCCGCCACUGUGGCUGGACUCCGGUCUUAUCUGCGACUGUCUCUGAUGAUGGGUUCGAGAGAGAAUCCGAAACGUCAGACCAAUAAAUUCAUUGUUCUGAAAUGGCUGCCUACAAAAGGUCGCAAACCAUCCGAUAGGUUUAACUGCCACAGUCGACGAAGUUCACCGUACGUCCCACAGCAGGGGGAGCCCAGUACCAAUGAUUGGUUUAAGGCGAGACAGGCUUGCGCAGUAUCUAUCGCACUCUCUCCCAUCUCAUCCUGUUUUGCUACGAUGACAAGACAACGUCAAUAUGACCGAUGGUGGAGGGGGGAGGACUGGGGCACAGUCUACCUACGCAUGUCAUACGCGACCUGUUUCUUAUCACUAUAUGAUCCAGGCGGUUCAAUUCUCGCAUAAAUGAAAGUUCCACAAAGAACAAAUUGAGGAGUCACUGCAGUCUGACUCUCAGUGCUCCAAUCACUCCGGGAUGCUUUCAUUAAAAUAGAGUCAUCUCGUUAUUAAGCAACCUCCAAAACCCCGACCCAGGCGCGUCAGAUUUAUGAUUGUGGGAACUGUCUUGACAUGCCAUAGAGUCGACUCCUUUUCCCCCUCCUUUCUUCCAUGCCCCGGUUGACUGUCCCAGGCUGUUCACGAGUUGAUUAUGCGCUUACGCGCAGUAGUCGAUGCGGCGUGAAGGCCUGCCACUACGCGCAUGUACGACAGUAGUUAUGGACUCUCUAUGGCGAAGCGCAGCUCGGUUGGCGCUUGCCGUGAGCUAGCCUGACAUCCGUCUUAGUCCAGCUUACCCACAGCGCAGGCCAUUGGGAGGACGGGCUCACAGGCCAUAACAGUACCAUGACUUGGACAAUGUUGCCUGCCAGCAAGCAGGGCCUCAAACGCCCUCCAAGACAAUCUCAGAAUCUUACAGUGGUGUACCGCAGAAAUGAAAGAAAUUAUCUCUUGGCCAAGCCGCCCACGCAAUCGCUGAUCGGCACUCCGCGUUUCAAUCCAUUUAUGAAACUGCCGGAGAUCUAUGAUUAGGCGUUUCUGCUGGCCCUGCCUGGAAGUCAUCGGUCCUGAAAGGAACAAUUAUUCGCUUUUAAACCUUCGGUACAGGAUACCUAGACACUAACUGAUACUGGAUACUGGGUCCAGCAUCAAAUAUUCUAGCUUUUCAGGGAUCAGAAAAAACGUGAAAUCCCCUAGCAUAGAUUACGGAGCUACUGAGUGUUCAAUAACUACAAAUAGUGUACUUUUGGUGGGGGGGAGGGUGAGUAAUGAAAUUCAAAGAAGAACCAAGACGCCGGCGUGGGUUGAAAGUCCGUGAAGCAUUCUCCACAAAAGCAGAUUCUCUGUAAAACGUGUUAAAGUCCCCGUGACAUAGUACUGUUGUCCAUGGAAGGUGGGAAAGACAACUAUCCCGCACAAACUGAUCGCCUCUCAAUUUUAUAUGUACGGAUUGGCGGAAGAACCUGUAGUCUUCGCGGCUCCCCUGCGUACAAGAAGUACCGAAAUUUGGAGUUAGGGGAGCCAUUCUCCUCCCCUUCAAGUUGAUCCAAUAACAUUUAAUGGUUAAAGUAUCUGCGGCAUCUGCCGCAUCCCCCCCUCCCCACUCUGCACCUGGCCCCGGUGUCAAGACAGAACCAAGAAGACCGGAGGCGGGGGAGGGCGCAGGUGGCUGGCACGGUCGUACUCGCACCUGGCUGUGCUACCAUAACCCCUGGCCCACAACAAGCAUUGGACUAUAAUUCCUCACCAACAAUAACACCCCAACAGGGAUCAGAAGGAUGAGGAUGAUGACUGGGCAGCCAUUCCUGCCACCUGUAUACUCAGCGGGGACGCAAGCGCAUCUGCCGGCAGGGAACCAGGUGUCAGGGGACUGCCAGCGCAUGCCCAGGCUGCGAGGGUCAUGGUUUGUUGAUACUGGCAUGGCACAUGCUUCCAGACCUUUUGACCUAGAAGGGUAACACGUGGCCCCGCAUUAAGCCUGGGCCGUCACCCUUCAAGGUUGGGUGACCAAACAGUCGUCGACUGAGAGGCACUACCAUAAAGCACACACACAAACACAAACACUCUCCUCACAUGCGUGAGAAUGUCACAGAUCGUAUGAGAAGGGGCCGUGACAGCCUGGCUCUCAGCCCACCAGUCCGCCACUCCACACAACCGGGCAGACUGCGUGGACUGAGUUGGAGCGUCAGUCGGUUGCCUUCCGAGUCACGGUGCUCUGCACGCCGUCUUCGUCUCAGACUCCGACCGUACAUGCUAGAUAGAGGCCGAAUGCAGACGGAGCCGAGACGCAAACUUCCCACUUACGUGGGAGGUGGCCGUUGGGUGCUUGCGAUGGAUCACAGUCAAGUAAAGAAGUACCAGCAAGCAAGCGCCUAGAUGGGCAGCGAGGAACUUCAGUUGCCUGGACCAGUCGUCAGAGGAGAACAUUCCAAUCAACAUUCACACCCGUACUGGAUUCACCCCCCCCCCCUGACAGUUGACGUGUCACGCCAGAAAGGAUAUUGAGAAUUUUGCUCAUUGUAGCAAAGUUAGUGGGCCACCACAAACGCACUUGCCUCUGUGAGGUCAAAGAAAUUUGUAAAAUAACAUAACCCCCGAACUAACGCAUGAUAACAAUAUGAACGGAAUCCCGAAGUCCGAAAGACCUUCUUCCGGAUCAGAGUCGGUGUGGACCGUGCAUUAGUGACUGCCAUUGAAUGCAGCUCGAGUAGGGCAAUUUAUUGACGGCCGGCAUGACCUCAGUUGGUGUUUGAUCCAAAUGGGUCUGUCGUAAAGGUUGUAGUAAAGUUUUCAAGCGAACUGUGAGGCAAGCGAUCGAUUAUAUCGGCUUUCAAUCGACCUAUGAGCUAAAUGGUUGCGAAAGUGAGCUCUAACUGGCGAAUUUUUUGCAGUCAUACAGUCACAACUUCUUUGUACAAAGCGACGUCUCACGGAAAAGAACAGGCUGCCGGGCGCGCCAAAAGCAAACAAUCAACCGUGUAGAAUGAAUACGGACAAGGACUAGGGAGAUCGGGGUGCUCAUUUCUGUCUUCUUUGUCGCCAUCAGUUAACCAUGCCCUAAAAUAGGUAGGACGAAGUAACACAAAUUCAGUCCAAGUUGUUCAUCGAGUACCACAGGCAGAUGCUCAAACACCUACACCACACGACCAGGUUUCACCGUCUGCACUCGGGACUUUUCCAAGCCAUGUGAAAAUGCCAUUUGACACCUCUGACUUCAGGAAAGGAAAUAUUUCAUGAUGAAACCCGACCGCAUAAUUUUUAUCCCUGAAACUUGUCAAUCACAUCUUGUCUUCCGUGCUCUAAGCUGGUGGGAGUAUUAGUAAAUGUCUGUAUGAAUUUCCGUGCAUUCUGUUCAGUCUCAUGUGUCCUCUUAUCGUUACGUACGAUAUGGUCUAUCACUUAUUUUUAGGAAUGGAUAGGCUUAUACGAAUCUGGAAUCCGGUUGUUCCAUCGUGA